AUGGAGCGGUCUUUUCUCCAUUCCCCAGCAGAAGUGCUGGAGCACUUUGAAGUCUCGGAGCACACUGGCCUGUCCCAGGAUCAGGUCUUGAAAUCUAGGCAGAAGUAUGGUCCAAAUGCUCUCGCGGAAGAUCCACCGACCCCUCUCUGGGAACUUGUGCUAGAACAAUUCAAGGAUCAACUGGUCCUCAUCCUCUUAGGUUCCGCUGCCGUGUCCUUUGUACUGGCUCUUUUCGAGGAAAGUGACGAUUGGACGGCUUUUGUUGACCCUGUUGUGAUUCUGACCAUUCUGAUCCUCAAUGCCGUGGUUGGUGUCACGCAGGAGAGCAGCGCGGAAAAGGCAAUUGCUGCUCUUCAGGAAUACUCUGCAAACGAAGCGACAGUGGUUCGUGAUGGCAAGACUCAGCGCAUUAAGGCGGAAGAUCUCGUUCCCGGAGAUAUCAUCCACAUCGCAGUUGGUGACCGCGUUCCGGCCGACUGCAGGCUGCUAGCUAUUCAAAGCAACAGUUUCCGGGUUGACCAAGCGGUCCUGACGGGUGAAAGCGAGAGUGUCGCCAAGGAUACUCGUGCCAUCAAGGAUGAACAGGCCGUCAAGCAAGACCAAACAAAUAUUCUUUUCUCGGGCACAUCGGUUGUCAACGGCCAUGCUACUGCCAUUGUUGUGUUGACUGGUGGAUCGACUGCUAUUGGUGGCAUUCACGAUAGUAUCACGUCCCAGAUCUCUGAGCCGACGCCGCUUAAGCAGAAACUCAACGAUUUUGGUGACAUGCUGGCGAAGGUGAUCACCGUCAUCUGUGUUCUUGUCUGGGUGAUCAAUGUUGAGCACUUCAACGACCCGUCUCAUGGGGGCUGGGCCAAGGGUGCCAUCUACUAUCUCAAGAUUGCGGUCUCUCUGGGUGUCGCUGCCAUUCCGGAAGGUUUGGCGGUGGUCAUCACCACCUGUCUGGCUCUGGGUACGCGCAAGAUGGCGGCUAAGAACGCCGUCGUUCGGUCUUUGCCUUCCGUCGAAACUUUGGGUAGCUGCAGUGUGAUCUGCUCCGACAAAACUGGAACCUUGACUACUAACCAGAUGAGCGUGGAAAAGCUUGUUUACCUCAAUGCAUCCGGUGAUGACCUGGAGGAGAUAGACGUCGAGGGCACAACUUUUGCUCCCGAGGGCAACCUCUCUCGUAAUGGGAAGGUAUUACAGAACCUGGCUGUAACCUCGUCUACCGUUCAUCAGAUGGCUGAAGUUAUGGCACUUUGCAACGGCGCUACCCUCGCCCAUGACGCCAAGAGUGGCACUUUCUCCUGCAUCGGUGAACCUACUGAAGGAGCAUUGAGGGUCCUGGUUGAAAAGAUCGGCACUGAUGACAUGGCUACCAACGAAAAGGUGUUCCGACUGCCAGCUUCUCAGAGACUUUACGUUUCGAGUGCCCACUACGCAUCACGCCUACCACUGCUGGCUACGUACGAAUUCUCCCGCGACCGCAAGAGUAUGUCUGUCCUUGUCACUAAGGACAAGGCUCAGAGGCUUCUGGUCAAGGGCGCCCCUGAAUCGAUCCUCGAACGCUGCUCGUAUGUCCUUUUGGGAUCUGAUGGACCCCGUGUCCCUCUCACCCAAGCGUACAAUGAUCUUCUUUCUAGGGAAGUUGUCGAAUACGGAAACCGUGGAUUGCGUGUCAUUGCUCUGGCUAGUGUUGACGAUAUCGCGGAUAACCCGCUCCUGCACAAUGCCCAAACCACCGAGGAGUACGCUCAGCUGGAAAGGAACAUGACUCUGAUUGGCCUUGUUGGAAUGCUGGACCCUCCACGCACCGAGGUCGCUGACUCUGUGAAGCAAUGCCGUGCCGCUGGUAUUCGCGUGAUUGUCAUCACCGGUGACAACCGCAACACUGCUGAAUCUAUCUGCCGUCAAAUUGGUGUCUUUGGUGAGGAUGAGGACCUUACGGGUAAGAGCUUCACAGGCAGGGAAUUCGACAGUCUCUCAGAAAGUGAAAAGCUUGAGGCCGUCAAGAAGGCGUCUCUGUUCUCACGUACCGAGCCAAGCCACAAGUCCAAGCUGGUCGACCUUCUUCAAUCUCUGGGCCAUGUGGUUGCAAUGACUGGCGAUGGUGUCAACGAUGCUCCUGCUUUGAAGAAGGCCGAUAUUGGUGUUGCCAUGGGUACGGGAACGGAUGUUGCUAAGCUGGCCGCUGAUAUGGUCUUGACCGAUGACAACUUUGCGACGAUCACCGUGGCCGUUGAAGAGGGCAGAUCGAUCUACAGCAACACCCAGCAAUUUAUUCGGUAUCUGAUCUCUUCAAACAUUGGUGAGGUCGUAUCUAUCUUCUUGACCGCAGCUCUGGGCAUGCCCGAAGCAUUGAUCCCUGUCCAGCUUCUCUGGGUGAACCUGGUCACUGACGGGUUGCCUGCUACCGCCUUGUCGUUCAACCCUCCAGACCAUGACGUGAUGAGACGUGCGCCCAGAAAGCGCGAUGAGCCUCUUGUGGGUGGUUGGCUACUUUUCAGAUACCUGGUCAUCGGCACGUACGUUGGUGCUGCUACUGUUUUUGGUUACGUAUGGUGGUUUGUCUAUAAUCCAGAGGGACCUCAGAUCUCCUUCUGGCAGCUGUCCCACUUUCACAAAUGCUCCGCUCAGUUCCCCGAGAUCGGUUGUGAAAUAUUCACCAACGAUAUGUCGCGGUCCGCAUCCACUGUGUCGCUCUCAAUCCUUGUGGUUAUUGAGAUGCUGAACGCCAUGAACGCGCUCUCGUCCAGCGAAUCUCUCUUCGCCUUCCCUCUUUGGAACAAUAUGAUGCUGGUGUUCGCCAUCAUUCUGUCAAUGACCCUCCAUUUCGCCAUUCUGUAUAUCCCAUUCCUGCAGUCAUUGUUCUCUAUUUUGCCUUUGAACUUGACUGAAUGGAAGGCGGUUCUGGCCAUCAGCGCCCCUGUUGUGGCCAUUGAUGAGCUACUCAAAUAUGCUGAGCGCCGCCUGUAUACUCUUCCUGCAAAUGCAGGGGAGCAUCAGAAUGGGGUAGCAUUCAAGCCCAAGAAGGCGUAG